GCAACCCCGCCAGCAUGUCUCAGGCUGAGUUUGACAAAGCUGCUGAGGAUGUUAAGCACCUCAAGACCAAGCCAGCAGAUGAUGAGAUGUUGUUCAUCUACAGCCACUACAAACAAGCAACUGUGGGUGACAUAAACACAGAACGGCCUGGGCUGUUGGAUCUCAAAGGCAAGACCAAGUGGGAUGCCUGGAAGCAUCUGAAAGGGACUUCCAAGGAAGAUGCCAUGAAAGCUUAUAUCAACAAAGUAGAAGAACUAAAGAAAAAAUACGGAAUAUAACAGACUGGAUUUGGCUGCCAACAUUGCAUUUCAUCUAAACUGAUCUAAUGCCUUGCUUUUCUAAUACUGUGGAUGACAUGAAAUAAUGCAAAUAGCCUGUUAACCUAGGUCCUGAAGACCGCACAGGACAUGGCUCCAACAGAGUAGGGCCUGCCAUGGUUACAGACCUGCGCUGAGUAGUUUUUAUCCAUAGAUCUAUUAAAAGCACAUUUGUUACUU